AUGGCCUCCCGUCUCGUGCUGGCCGUUCUACUCGUGGCGGUGGCCGCCAUGGCCGCGGCGGCAUACGCCGGCGACCUUUCCCUUGCCGAGACGUUUUUGGCGGAGCCCGAUGGCCACGGCCUGGUGGCCGACGCACUCGACUUCGACGAGGAGAUGAUGAUGGAGUCGGAGACCGCUCGCCGGCAGCUCCGACGCGGCGGUGGGUACAUCAGCUACGGCGCCAUGGGGAGGAACAACGUGCCCUGCAACCGGCGCGGCCGCUCAGUUGACCAAUAUUUUAAAGUUUGA